AUCCCAAAAGUUUUGAAGUUUGGGGCAUGACCAAAAAAUGUGUGUAUGAUUGGUGACCGCUGAGCCACAGUUUCUCCAACACAAGCUUGGUACUUUAGGAUCCAUCUUGGAAACUACAUCUGGGGUCCUGAAAUAUCUGCUAAUAAUUUUCCAUUUAUAUUCCCGCCACGUAUUUGAGUUUGUGACUCCAUGUGCCUCAGUCCAAACUUCCUCCCAUGUUUCGUCAGAAAUUAUUCUGGCCUCUCUGCCUCCCAUCUUUGUUUUGUCCAAGUGGUUCGUUAAGGUUAAUUGACAGAAAUACACUAUAUAACUUUGUUAUCAAUUUUUUAUCUCCUCCCUCUUUCUGGUAAUGGAUUAGGAGGUUUUCUAUUGGUGUGGGAUUUAGUACUCUUUCCCAGUCCCUGACAAAAAAAGAGCGCAACUGUAAAUAUCUAAAGAAAUCAUUUUUCUGGAGAUGGAAAUUCCUACAUAACUCUUCAAAUGACAUAAGAUUGUUCCUGUCAAUCAACUGAUGAAGAAAUGUAAGCCCCUGUUCAGCCCAUUUAGAAAACUUUUUGUCUAAGGAGGAGGUUGUGUUUCUGAACGACCCUACUGGAACUGGAUGCUUGGUCGGUUCUGCUCCUUUCAAACAGAACCAUUUCAGAAUUACAACUUGGAUUUAAGCGGUUCCGUUAGGUUAAAACUGGACCCAGCAGGUUCUGUUCGGUUCGAAACCCAGAUCCUGCUGCAGGUUCUUUAUGUUCACCAUUUGAACGUGUCAGUGACGUCAUCACGGCUUGGUUCGCAGCUCUGAGGUUCUGAUCCGGUCAGCAUCAUACAGAACCAGCCGGGGCUUUUGCUUUGAAGGGACCGGAAAGGGCUCCGAAGGUUACAGCAGCUUCCGGUUUCUCUGGAGCCGCAGGUCCACGUCAGGGUGAAGUAGAGCCGACACAAACAAGCCGGAGCAGGACCGAACCGAACCGUGGCACCAUGGCGGACGAAGCCACGCGCAGAGCCGUGUCGCAGAUCCCGCUCCUGAAGACGCACGCGGGCCCGCGGGAGCGCGCGCUGUGGCCGCAGCGGCUGAAGGAGGAGUACCAGGCUCUGAUCCGGUUCGUAGAACAGAACAAGGCCGCCGACAACGACUGGUUCCGGCUGGAGUCCAACCCGGACGGCACGCGCUGGACCGGGACCUGCUGGUUCGUACACGAGCUACUGCGCUACGAGUUUCGCGUGGAGUUCGACAUCCCCGUGACGUACCCGGAAACAGCGCCGGAAGUAGCGGUUCCGGAGCUGGACGGGAAGACCGCCAAGAUGUUCCGAGGCGGGAAGAUCUGCCUGACCGAACACUUCGCCCCGCUGUGGGCGCGCAACGUGCCGCGCUUCGGGCUCGCGCACCUCAUGGCGCUCGGGCUCGCGCCUUGGCUGGCCGUGGAAAUCCCGGACCUGAUCAGCAAAGGUCACGUGGUCCACAAGGAAAAGCCGCGUGAUGUGGCGGAGUGACGUCAGAGGUGACAUUAGUACAGGGUUCCGGUUCUGGAACUGUCAGCCGGAACCAAAGUCCUACAGAAACAACACUUCCGGUUCUGCUGUGAGAACGUGAUUCUACAGAAAAUAAAGUUCUGGUUCUGAG